AUGGGGGGUAUGUCUGGAUCUCCUCAAAGGAGAAAUGAUCGCUAUGCGCCCACAUACAACCCAAGGUGGCGGAACCACCCCAAUUUUAGCUAUGCUCAGAAACCUUCGGGUUUCCAACAACCAUUUUCGCAGAGACAACAUAUUCAACAACCACCCAUCUCUGAUUCGGGUAUGUCCUUGGAAGACAUGGUUAAAUCACUGGCUGAUAGCACUUGUCAAAUGCGGCAGGACCAACAGAGAUUUCAGCAGGACCAACACAGAAUGCAACAAGAUCAACAGAGGUUCCAACAAGAAACACGCGCAAGCAUUAGGACCUUGGAGGCCCAAAUGUCACAAUUGGCAUCUUCAUUGAGCAGUUUCGAAAAUAGUAAAAGGAAGCUACCAUUUCAGGUAAUCCCCAAUCCAAAGGAUAAUGCGAGUGCAAUGCUUUUACGAAGUGGGAAGGAGGUGCAAUCCUCCAAAUCAGAGAUGGACAAGGGCCCGAGACACCUGAGAAAGAGGAGGUUCGCUAAGGCAAAGAAAGAGGAAUCGGAGAAGGAGAUUUCGGACAUCUUCCGGAAAGUGGAAAUCAACAUCCCACUGCUAGAAGCGAUUAAGCAAUUACUGAAGUAUGCAAGGUUUCUGAAAGGGUUGUGCACUAACCGGAACAAGCUGAAUCUCCAAGACAAGGUAAGAGUAGGUGAGAACGUGUCGGUAGUCCUCCAAAAGAAGUUGCAACAGAAGUGCAAGGAUCCAGGAUCUCUAAAAGAUACAAGAGUGGUGAUUCAACUAGCGGAUAGAUCCAAUGUUUACCCUGAGGGUGUAGUUGAAGAUGUCUUGGUGAAGGUUAAUGAGUUUAUCUUCCCUGCUGAUAUUUACAUUGUUGACAUGAAUGAUAAAACAUCCGUUAACUCAGCUGCACUCCUUCUGGGUAGGCCAUUUAUGAGUACGGCUAGAACCAAGAUAGAUGUGCAUGAAGGCACCCUGUCUGUAGAGUUUGAUGGGGAAACGAUUACAUUUAAUAUUUUUGAUGCAAUGAAGUACCCGGAUGAUACUGAGUCUGUUAACUAUGUUAGUAUAACUAAUUCCAUUGUCCAAGAUCACCUUGAACAGAAUUUUAUGGAGGAAAAAUUGGAAUUCGUGCUACAGCAAAGCAAGACGAAUGCAGACGUGGAAAGUGAGGAUGAGGAGGACACUCUAGAAGCCAUUAUGACACUACACUCGCUUCCUGUACUUUCCGACAGGUCAGUAGACUCAUUCUUACCAUUGCCUACUUCUAAUGAAAGAAUUUUACCUUCUGUGGAACAGGCACUCGAGUUGGAAUUGAAUGAGUUGUCGAAACAUUUGAAGUAUGCCUACCUUGGAGAUCGCAACACCCUGCCGGUCAUCAUCGCAAAGGAUUUGACCGCGGUACAAGAGGAAAAACUUCUAAGGGUUUUGCGAGAGUAUAAACCAGCAAUCAGAUAG